AUGAGUACAAUAAAAAGAAAUCACCAGGCAACUACUGAUCUCCAAACCCAGACGGACUCUGCCUCGCAACAAAGUGUAGAGGAGCCUCAGGACGACUUAGGAGACCUACAGAAGGAGGAACUGGUGAAAAUCGCCAGGAACCUUCGAAAGGAGCUCGCCUCAUCAAAGAGUCAGCUGAGCUGCUACAGAUCCGUCACGGCGGGUCUUGCUGACAAGCGGGUAGUGCUAGUAGAGGCAGUGUCUAUAGUGGACACUCUCCUAGCCACCCUCGCUAGUGAGGGCCUGGUGCAACAGACAGUAGCGUGCACGGCUCGUCCUCAUAAAAUUGUGAGCGAAACAGGUGAGACUGUGACUGUGGGUUCAGGGGAGUGUGAUUCCUUCUCUUCUCCUUCUCUUACAUCCCCCCUCUCUUCCUCACCCAACACCCCUGUCCCUCUCUCUACCAUCCCCAACCCGCUUACGCCUAACACCUCUGUCCUACUCCCUACCCUCUCCUCCCCACCUACACAUUCCUCCCCACCCAACACCUCUGUCCCACUCCCUACCCUCCCCACCCCACCAACACCUUUCUCCCCACCCAACACCUCUGUCUCUUCCUCUACUAUCCCCACCCCACCUACACCUUCCUCCCCACCCAAAACCUCUAUUCCUCUCCUACCCUCCUCCUCUGCCCAACUGAACCCUCCUUCAUCCUCUACUCCUCCUACCCCUCCCACCUCACUCGACAUUGCUGCACUACCUCACCCAACCCCCUCCUCUAACAACACACUACCUCCCAACUCCCAAACUCCCCUACCCAACCCACCCCAACCCCCACACACCCCAGAACCUCCUGUCCCGCCAUACCCUGCAUCAACGUUACAGCAAGGUGUGCCCCAAACAAGAGGGGAAUACCCUGCCACCACGCAAAGCAGCUCUGCUGGCAGGCAACACCGCCCUAAGCGAAAGAAGAGGAGGAAUACGGCCACAGGAAGGAACUCCGACUCCAGUGAAUCAUCAUCCGAGCGUCGGCAGCAGCAGUCACGACAGGAGGUGAUUCAGGCGAGACAGCAGCAGACCAAGUGCCCUCAGUGCAAACGUCAGGGACACACUCGGGAUCAGUGCCCGAGGCAGGUCUGUGAUUACUGUCAAGGCCGCCACCAUUCCUCCGCCACCUGUAGGAUCAGGAUUGCGGACGUGAGACAGCAGGAGUUAGUGCAGGCAGUGAGGCAGAGUGGUCAGGAAACACUAGUCGCCCUGAGAAGUGUUGCUUGGCAGCUUCCUCUGCUGAGACACACAAGGGCUCCACUCACGGCUCCUCACAGCUCCUCACCACCACAGUGGCCUGCGGCCGCACCUGCCUUCCCAGCUCACUAUGGCGCCGGACACCCCUACUACCUGGCGCCGCCACACUCCGCUCAACAGUGAACUGACGAUAGUGUCGGCCAAUGUGAGAGGGUUCCAUACCAACAUUGGGGAGCUCACUCACAGAGCCAUAACCAGGAACAAGGCAGACAUUGUGUUCGUGUGUGAGACCUUCCUGGACGACAACAUACCUCCAAGCUACGCCCGCGUCCGGGGUUACUCGCCCUGGAUAAGAAAAGACCGCUCCACACGGGGAGGUGGCGUGGCCUUCUGUUAUAAAGAGUGUGUUAACGUUCAGGUGGUAGAGUCUCCCACGAACAUGCCCAGUGACCUGGAAAUGCUAUUUUGGAAAAUAAUAGACAGUGUGGGUAGAAGUGUACUGUGCAUUGGCUGUUAUCGUCCUCCUUCUCAAGGCGCAGCGAUAACAGACUACCUCACAGAAAACCUGGACCUAUUGUUGACGGCCAACCAGUGUGAGGGAGUGAUAAUUGUAGGUGACUUGAACCCACACACAGUGCACGCCUCAUUUAACACGCUACUGGUGGUACAUGACCUACAUAAUCAUGUCACCUUCCCCACUCAUGUCUCUGGGUCAUCUCUUGACCCUGUGGUGACCGAUCUUCCCCCCAGUGAUGUUCAGUGUUCACCCUUGGACUUUAUAGGCACCUCAGAUCAUGUAGCUGUCAUCACCAAAUUCCACUUCAGACGCCAACGUGAGGAGAACCUCUCCGCACU